CAUCCCCACAGGUGCCUUUUUAAAGAAGUAAUUCUCCCGACCAGCAGGCAGACAUUUAAAAGUGAAAUCUCCCUCUCUCCUUCUCUCAACAGACAAAGCUACGAUGGGCUGGAAAAGAGGCUAAAGGAGGUCUUCAGUGAACGGAGCAGCAUCCUGCACCAGCUCUCCAAAACAUCAAAGGAGCUGGACAGCAUUAAAGGCAACCUCAAGUCGCUAAGGAACGAUGACUCAGUGGCCAAGAAGGAUGUGCAGAGGAUCCUGGAGCUCAGCCACAAACAGAGAGAGGAGAUGAAGUCCCUCCAGGCCGCCCUGCAGAAGCAGCUGGAUGAGGCGAACGAGCGCGCCGAGAAGCAGCAGGCCGCGAUUAAAUUUCUGAAAGUGGAGAUGGAGAAAAAAACCAAAAUCAUCAAGGAUUUACAGCAAGAGAACAAGAGCUUGAAAACAAAACUGCUUUCGGGACACAAACUUUGUGACGCCUAUGCUGAAGAGUCGAAAAAAAUCCAGGCUCAACUGAAAGAACUGCGGUACGGGAAGAAGGAUUUGAUUUUUAAGGGGCAGCAGCUGAUGGACCUGGAGCACAAGUUAACUGUAGCCAAGGAGCAACUGGAGAGGACUGCACUGGAUAAGGAGUCGCAGCUGAAGGCGCUGAAGGACACGGUUCACAUCUGCUUCUCGGCCGUCCUGAACAACCAGCCCGGCAGCGGCCACCGAUUCCCCGCCUCCCCCGCCCACUUGUUCCGAUACGCAUCGCUCAUCAACAGCUCCAGAGUCACCUUCCAGCAGCCACACGCCAAGGAUAUCUCCAAAGUUCAGAGAAUUGUCACAGCGAGUAAAUCACCCGUGAACAUCGGCGUAACGAGGGGAGAGGACGGCGCAGUUAAAGCCUGCCAAAUGGAAAAGCCCGGCGGCGCCUGCUCCCGGAAUCAGACGGAGGAAUCGGCCCCCGACAGUAAAACGCUACCGGAUCCGCAGCAGCAAAAGAGCCAAGCGCAGACGGGGAAAUCGGACAGGAAGCUCUCAGACGGCGGCGAGGAGGCAAAGACAAAGCCACACGAAUACAACUGAGCGGGCGGCAAACCAUCCCGAAUGCAGCGCCGCUGCGUUGGAUCUUUAUAAGAGCACACGCUUGCGCACUGUCACAAAAAAAAAACACAUGUGCGCCCACACACACACACACACACACACACACAGCCGCACACGCGUAUCAGCACUGUUUGCAAAAGCUGAGGCACUGGAUCCGUCAACAAAUCUCCUGACUGUCAUCUGCAAACCUCCAUAGUAAAAUGGCAUGCAUUCUAGAAAUUCUUUUUAAAAAAGGUAGCAACGGCACUGGUAACUUGUUUCAUGAUUGUUUAUUUGUUGUUUAAUAUCUGAGUUUUAUUCCGAGUGAGGACACUGCUUUCUAAAUGUGUGAUCUUUCUAGAAAAAUCCUUUUGCACUGGUGAGGUCUGACACUGUAUCCUGUGAUAUAAGUAUAUCUAUUGACAAAUAAAAGUUACUACUAUUACUACUACUACCCAACUUAGAAUAUUGUUUGUCACUCAUUGUAGCCAAGGUUAAUUUACUCCUCCACAUUUUUGAAAUAUAGAGGCUCAAGUUGGCUGGCCAACUGUUCAACAUUUAAUAUUUCAGCACUCUUUCUGCCUUCAACACUCAAGAGGCAAAGAGCCAAAGACUCACAAUGGGUCGUCUCCCUGAGAAUGUGCCAUGCACUGAGUAGUAACUCCUAGCUACAUGUAUCUGUGUUAUCUGACCUUUCGGUGUCCUUUCAAUAAACUGUAAUUUUCAGUAAAUGUGUGAAGAAUAAAUGGUUAUUCGUGGGAAAGAAA